AUGUCCAGCGUGGCUAACAUGUCGGCGCUCAGCGGCGCUGCGGGCGCCGGUGCACCUGCUACAGAGGCUGAUCAGAACGUGCGUACACGCAGACAAGACUGGCAUAACCACGGGCAUGUUUGGCAUGACAGGGGCAGGCUGGCGUAGGCGAAAGCGUGGCAGUGUUCGCUCCCCGGCGCACCGAAUGCUUUGCCGGUGACCGGUCUGGCUUUGCGAGAGAGUCUCGUCUCAGCAGACCUCAUCAAGCUUCGCGGCUUGGGUGGUGGCAUGGCGAAGGCCCCUGGUUCGGCUAGCUUGCAUGCCAAGCUGGCCUUGACUCGCUGCGAUGUGCUUGGUGUUGACUCGAUGGCAUGCGCGACGUCCUCUUCAACGACGCUGAAUGUCAUUGCCAAAUCUUUCUUGCCGCAACAGAUUGCAGUGUGGAAGAUCAAGAAGCUUGUCAAGUCGUGAGUCGCGCUGACUGGCACCGACAGCAUGUAUGCGCCCACCUAUCAGACUCACAUCGCCUCCCUCGCGACCAACUCAGACUAGACUCUGCUCGCGGAGCAGGUACGAGCAUGAUCAGUCUGAUCAUUCCCCCCAAGUCGCAAAUCAGUCAAUUUUCAAACAUGCUGACGCAAGAAUACGGAACGGCAAGCAACAUCAAGAGUCGUGUGAACCGUCUCUCGGUGCUGGCUGCCAUCACCUCUACGCAGCAGAGGUUGAAGCUGUACAACAGGGGUGAGCUGGGGAGCUUCAGAGCAUGUGCGCGCUGCCAGGCGUUUUCACUGACACUCUGGACCUGUUGCCGUCUCGUCUUGCUGCAUGCAGUGCCUCCAAAUGGACUUGUCAUCUACUGCGGCACCAUCUUGACUGACGAGGGCAAAGAAAAGAAGGUCAACUUUAGCUUUGAGCCAUUCAAGCGUGAGCUGAACGAUUGCUGCAGCAAGUGUUGAUGAAGCAUAGAUCUCACCGUGUGCCCGAACACGCUCGCUGCACAGCUAUCAACACCUCGUUGUACCUCUGCGACAACAAAUUCCACACCGAGGCGCUGUCCGAGUUGUUGGAGAGCGAUGCCAAGUACGGUUUCAUCAUCAUGGACGGAAACGGAAGUCUGUUCGGAACGCUCAGCGGCAACACCCGCAACGUCAUUCACAAGUUUUCGGUGGAUCUGCCCAAGAAGCACAGACGUGGAGGUCAGUCCGCGCUGCGUUUCUCGCGUCUUCGUGACGAAGCGAGGCACAAUUAUGUGCGAAAGGUCGCAGAAGCUGCUACGCAGCACUUUAUCACGGACAACAAGUGCAACUGCGCGGGAUUGGUCUUGGCUGGUAGCGCCGAGUUCAAAAACGAGCUUGGACAGUCCGACUUGUUUGACCCCAGACUGGCAGCCAAGAUCAUCCGCACCGUCGACGUUUCGUACGGCGGCGAAAAUGGUUUCAACCAGGCCAUCGAGCUCUCGGCCGAGUCUCUCGCCUCCGUCCGCUUCAUUCACGAGAAGAAGCUGCUGACCAAGUACUUUGAAGAGAUUGCUCUAGAGACUGGAAAGUACUGCUUCGGCAUCGAGGACACUUUCAAGGCGCUCGAGCUGGGCGCUGUCGAGCAGCUGAUUCUUUGGGAGAAUUUGGACACGAUGAGGUACACCUUGCGCGACUCGGAGGGCGCUCAGCACAUUCUGAUGCUGACGAAGGAACAGGCCGAGGACAAGACCAAGUUCCAGGACCGCAUGACUGGUCAGGAGAUGGAGCAGGCCGAGGAACCUCAACCGUGAGUGGAGCUGUGUGCGAACAUCGAAAUACGGCAGUGCGCUGUAUGCGGAAGAGUGCACACGCUGACCAAGGUCAUGCUUCUCGACGCCCUUUUCAGCGUGCUGGAGUGGCUCGCAGAAAACUAUACGCAGUUCGGAACCAACUUGGAGUUUGUCACGGACCGAUCUCAAGAGGGUUUGCAGUUCUGCAAGGGUUUUGGAGGCGUUGGAGGUUUGCUUCGCUACAAGGUGGCCUUUGAGGAUAUGGCCGUGUUCGAAGAUGACGAGGAUGAGUUCAUGACGGAUUCGGACGAGUGA